CCGUCAUGCGUCGUAAUAUUUCAGACGGCUGUGUCAAGACGUCGAGUUUUGUCAGUUCUGUUUCAAAAAUGAAUCUUUUCUUGUUAGUGAUCUUCAAUAUUAUUUAUCCAGGACGAAAGACUCCGGAGUCAAUUGGUUUUAUGCUCACGCUAACCUCACGCCACUCAAUCGCACUGUUGAAAACACUUUAAGCGUCAUGCGUCGUAACAUUCCAGACGGCUGUGUCAAGACGUCGAAUUUUGUCAGUUCUGUUUCAAAAAUGCAUCUUCCAUUGUUAUUAGUGAUCUUCAAUAUUAUUUAUCCAGCCGUUGCAGAAGUACCGAACAAGGUUUUGCAACUUCCUGUCAGCACCAACGUGAUCAUUGGUGGAAGCGUGACUUUCUACUGUGCUUUCCCACUCCUCCAAGAUAACUCAGAUCUAAAUAUUUUCUGGUGGAAACUAGGGGGAAACAAUUUCCUGCAGACUUGGUUGGACAGCAGGAAAUAUGUCCCUACUUUGAGUAAAGGGGAGGCUACCUUUCAGCUCAUGAACGUCAGUGCCGCAGACACGGGAGUAUAUUAUUGUGGGCUGAAACGUCGAGAUAAUCCACUGAUAAAUGGAACUGGGUCAAAGCUCGUGGUCCAUGUUCCACCGACCCCCUUACGAAUUACUUACAAUGAAACCAAACAGAAUGGAUCUAUCGCCCUUGCAAUUGCAUGCACAACUCCUGAAUUCUACCCUGGUGAGAUAAAUAUUACUUGGUGCAAGAAUGGUCUGACCGUCGGGAACGGUAUAACUACAAUAAAAGUGCUAAACGCAAAUGGUCUCUAUGAAGUUACCAGCAUUCUGGUCGAGGUACAACCUGUCAAGAGCGGGACUAUUUACACUUGUCAGGCAAGUCAUCCUACAAUCAAAACGGCAAAGGAGUUCCAAUUUAUGUCAACGACUACAGGAGAAAUUCACCAUGUACAAUGGUAUGUUCAGAUUUGUCGGUCGAUUGGCGGUGGAUUGUACAUUCUAUUGCUUAUAAGAAUCAUAAUACAAAAGUUUGUAAGAAAAUACAGAGGUAAGGAAUCAUGACAUUAUAACAAGUUAAUUGCAAGCUUUGGUUUUCUUCAGUGAGCUAAGUGCACUUCGGUUAAAGUUAGAUGAAAUUAAUGCCAAGGUUGAUGCAAGGUUAGCACAGUCCUUGAUUACAUCCCAUAUUGCAAGGAAAAUAUACAGAACAUAUCAUUAGAUAAUUGGCCUGCGUGGUAAAAAAAAAUAUAUAUAUAUAUAUUGCCGUGCAGUCUCAUCACUUCCCUUUUGGCUGCUUUGAAUAUAUCCGGAAUAAAUGUAUUACAUCUGGCACUUCGUUAACAGGAUAUAUUUGAACAAGUUUUGACACCAUGUGGUUCCGGAUAUACAUUAUUUACAGAAAUGUGCCGUAAGGAGCCAGUAACAUA